AUGGCUAAACCCCCUCGACACAGUACUAGAUCCAUUAAGGAUCCUUUUGUUUGUGGGGACUUCAAUGUCAUCUCAUCUUCGGUUGAAAAGGCAGGGGGUCGUGACUUUGAUCCAGUAGCAAUGGAUGAGUUCAAUCAAUUCAUCAGCUUCAGAGGUCCGGUUGAUACAGGAUAUGUAUUUAGUGGUUUCACAUGGUGUAACAAUCAGAAACGGGUCUAUGGAAAUAUAUAUAAAAAGGUUUUUGAUGCAGAGGAUGAGGUUACCCGUAUGGAAGUAGAGCUCAUGAGCAAUAAUUCUAAGGCUGUGGCUUAG